AAACCUCUCUUAACAACACAGCUCUCAACCCAGCUCCUGACACCAUGGCCAGCUGUUCCACCAGUGGGACCUGUGGCUCCAGUUGCUGCCAGCCAAGCUGCUGUGAGACCAGCUGCUGCCAGCCAAGCUGCUGCCAGACCAGCUCCUGUGGAACUGGCUGCGGCACUGGUGGUAGCAUCAGCUAUGGCCAGGAGGGCAGGGGUGGAGCUGUGAGCACCCGUAUCAGGUGGUGCCGCCCAGAUUGCCGUGUGGAGGGCACCUGCCUGCCCCCCUGCUGCCUGGUAAGCUGCACACCCCCAUCCUGCUGCCAGCUGCACCACGCUGAGGCCUCCUGCUGCCGCCCAUCCUACUGUGGGCAGUCCUGCUGCCGCCCAGUCUGCUGCUGCCAAUGCUGUGAGCCCACCUGCUAAAAACCAGGUUGCUGAUCGCUUACGAAUG